UGCCCCUGAAAUCGGCUACAACCCGCGACAUCUGUAGAGCACAGUGCUAAAAGCAAUAGUUGUGUUAAUAAGUUUGCACGAAGCUACGAUUAAUUUGAGUAGCCUAUUGUGUGAAACCGUAGAACGUUGCGUUGGUGCGUACACUCCGUGUGCCAAACAUCCGGACAAGAUUGAGCCCGACGGAGUAGCGACGUUCAAGAUGUCGGGUGACCAAAAAACCCUUAUCAAAGGCAAUCCGUCACAAUAUGUGAAGCUCAACGUCGGAGGCUGCCUUCACUACACUACAAUCGGAACACUCUGCAAGCAGGACACGAUGCUCCGGGCAAUGUUUAGUGGGCGGUUGGAAGUCCUGACGGAUUCGGAAGGAUGGAUUCUAAUCGAUCGCUGUGGGGCACAUUUUGGCACAAUUCUUAACUUUCUACGCGACGGAAGCGUUGCACUGCCGGGGACGGCGAAAGGAAUUGCGGAGCUGCUGGCUGAAUCGAAGUACUAUUGCAUCGAGGAGCUGAUAGACGCCUGCGAAAAGCUGCUUGCGAAGAAAGAGCGGGAAUCGCGCGAAUCAGAACCGAUCUGUCGGGUUCCUCUGAUUACGUCACAGAAGGAAGAACAAUACCUGAUCAGCACGGCCACGAAGCCAGUGGUGAAGCUGCUGAUCAAUCGUCAUAAUAACAAGUAUUCGUACACGCACACGUCGGAUGAUAAUCUGCUAAAGAAUAUUGAGCUUUUCGACAAGCUGUCGCUGCGGUUCAGUGGACGCGUGUUUUUCAUUAAAGAUGUUAUCGGAUCAAGCGAAAUCUGUUGCUGGUCGUUCUAUGGUAACGGCAAAAAGGUGAUCGAAGUGUGUUGCACCUCGAUCGUGUAUGCCACCGACAAGAAGCACACAAAGGUGGAGUUUCCUGAGGCGCGUAUCUUUGAAGAAACGCUUAAUAUACUGCUGUACGAGAACAAGAACGCUCCGGACCAGGAGCUGAUGCAAGCAACAUCGCUGCGGGGUGCGGUGGGUGGUAUCAGCUCUUACACGAGCGACGAAGAAGAAGAAAGAACAGGAUUGGCGAGGCUACGCUCAAACAAGCAGAACAACCCCACAUGAUUGGCCUUCGCUCCGCCGCUAGGAUUAAGGAAGAAGUUGUUGCCAAAGAGGAACUAGCGAGAAGAGCGAGGCAAGGCGGGAUCUUGCACACAGCAUACUAACACAGAUUCCAGUGUGUGCAAUUCCAUCAUCUUCGGGUCGUUGAAUAAGUUUCACUAGGCCAAUAAGUGGUACGUCCGAGAUUGGGUUUCAUCGAUAAUCACCAGGGAUACUACAUUCACAAUACUAAUCGGCAUCUUUGGAGUUUUUUUUGUUAGUUUUAUUGCUAAAACACGUUUGCACUUUUUCAUUCUCUGUGUCACCGAAAAUAAUUAAUUGAAAGUUCCGUUUUGAAUGAACUCCAUUGAGUAAUCGGAUACAAAAUGAUUUUCGGUCCAAUCUACAUAUUCUAGGUAAAAUCACAAAUGGGGUAAACCAUGGGGCAACGUGAUGUCUGGGAAAAACUACAAUCCAUUCGUAUGUAAUAUUGUACUAAAGUGUAAUAGCGAUCACCGAACGUUGUGACAAUUAUAGCAAAAUACCAAUAAACGAAUAAGUA